GCAGUCUGAUGAAAUGGCCGACACCGUGCAGCAGAGCUGCAGAAUGAUUCCCCAGACAGAAGGACGGUCCCUUCAGGCUCCACUCAGACCCCUCAGUGUACUGGUUUUCUGUCUUUUCCUGACUCAGUCCUCUAGAGGUCAGUCUCUGUUACUUGGUCCCCCUCAGGCAGUAGUGGCCCUAGUUGGCGAUAACGUCAUUUUACCAUGUCACCUGGAACCUGCAGAGGACGUCACUGCAGAGACGUUGGAGUGGACGAGAUCUGACCUUGACCCCGGAUUAGUCUAUGUGUGGCGUAAUGGUCAGGACCUUGUAAAGGCAAGAAAUCCAUUUUACAAAGGAAGAGCAUCUUUGUUUAUUGAUGAACUGAAGAGAGGAAACAUUUCACUGAAACUCUCGAAUGUACAACCCUCUGACCAGGGAACAUAUGCAUGUGGCAUGCCACUACUGCAUAAACAGUCUUCUGUUAAGCUUGUUGUUGUGUCAGGUGCUGUCUCCUCACCAGUCAUCAGGUUAGCGGGGACUGACCGAGACAAAGGAGGAGCGGUGCUGCAGUGUGAGUCUGGAGGCUGGUACCCAGAGCCUGAGGUGUCGUGGCUGGACGCUGAGGGAAACCUCCUCUCUGCUGGACCUACAGAGACCGUCAGAGGUCCUGAUGAUCUCUACACUGUCAGCAGCAGAGUGACUGUGGAGAAGAGACCCAGCAACAGAUUCACCUGUAGAGUCCAGCAGAAGGACACCAACCAGACCAGAGACACAAAUCCUCAUGUUACAAAUGAUUUCUUUGAGGUCCAGUGCAGUUCUUCUUCCACCAUCACUGGUUUGGCUGUUAGUUUGGCUGUUUGCAUCCUGUUACUUCUCUUUUCUGUGUGGAAUUGGAGACAAAACAAAAUCAAGACCAAGAGAAGCACUACGUCUGAAGCUAUUAGUAGAGAAGAGAAGAACACAACUGAAAUCAUCAGUGAAGACGAAAGGAAGCCUUUGAAAGGAAAGGGAGAAAAUGAGAGAAAACCUUUUGAAAAGAAUAUAUUUCCCAAGCUGACACAGAGCCAAAAAGAGCAGCAGAAGAAAGAUGGAGCUGAGGAACCAGACCUGACACAGCUGGAAGACAUAAACAAGGAGAAAGGACAAGACCAUGUAAGUUCCCAGAGUACGUCACAGGAUUACAGCCGGACCAGCCCAACCAGUCAGGACUGGGACACGGGACGCAUCACUGUGGAGGAGAUCAAUCUGAAGGGAACUUAUGUCCGUCUCAGCAACAAGUCCAAUCAGAUCUGGGAUCGACUGAGCGGUGUAAAGCGUGACAACGCCAACCUGGUGUGGUCUACCAAAACCUCCUGGGGCACCAGAGAACAUCUGCUGGUCUACCUCUACAGCAAAACUGGAGAGCUAGAGGCAAGCAAAAUGUUUCAGCUUGGGACCUCUCAGAACCAGCAGGAGAAUGACACCUGUGUGACCAGUCAGGACUCAGACAGAGGACACAUCAUGGUGGAUGAGGUCGACCCGGAGGGCAAAUAUGUCCGUCUCUGCAACAAGUCCAGAACGGAUCAACAAAUGAAAGACUGGGAAUUAUAUUUACACGUCAACAACAAAAAACCCAUCAUUUACACAUUUCGGAACUCAUUGAAACUCAAGGCUGGAGAGACUAUCAAGAUCUGGGCUUCAGGUUGUGGUGUCAAUAAUGAUACCGCCACAGACCUGGUGUGGAGGAACCAGAACCCCUGGGGCACUGGAGAACAGCUGCUGGUCUCUCUCUACAGAAAGAAUGGAGAGCUAGAGGCGCGCAAAAUUUCAGAGGGGCGCAUCAUUGUGAAUGAGGUCGACCCGGAGGGCAAAUAUGUCCGUCUCACCAAUAAGUCCAACAAGGACAAACCACUGGAAGGCUGGGAAUUACAUUUACAGAUCAACAACAGAAAACCCAGCAUGUUCAGAUUUUUCUAUUCAUUCAUACUCAAGGCUGGAGAGACUGUCACUAUCUGGGCUUCAGGUUGCCUUGCCAAUGAUAAUCCCCCCACAGACCUGUUGUGGAGGAACCAGAACCCCUGGGGCACCGGAGAACAUCUGCUGGUCUCUCUCUACAGCAAGAAUGGAGAGGAAAUGGACACGAGGACAGUUGAUGGAAAGAUGAAUUCUGAUGUGCUGACAUGAAAACAUCAAGUCAUAUUCAUCUGAAACAUGGUGACUUUUAUCCCUGUAGAGAAUUAGAUUUGGAAUCAACUAAAUGAGUGAGACCUGUUCUGGGAACAUCAAAUCCAUCAUGAUCACCGUUUGGAUUUUGUGGUGCAUUUUACAAUUUGCAAAAGGUUUUGCUCAAAAUGUGUUCGAACUGCAGCACUUUAGAUCAAUUUAUGUUUUAUCAUAAUGCAUUGCCCUGAAAAAAAAUGUUUUAUGUCCAAUCACAUUUUAAUGAAAACAUUCUCUUCAUUAUAACGACACACAAUCACUUUGAAAUGUCAAAUAUUGAACACAAGACAAAGACAAAGGGGGAAAUUAAUGAAUGUCAAAAUCAAAAUGUGAGCUACUGUUACUUAUGCA